AUGGCACCCAUGUCCCUCCUCUUCCUGGGCUUCUACCUCUCCUUCCUCCAUUCUUCACAUACCCAGACCAUCAUUGGCUCUUCCUCGUCAUUUCCUCCUCUCGACCUGCCAAUUAAUUCUUCACCUCCACCUACCAAGCAAACUGUCAGUUUCUGGCCCUCUUUACCUCCCAGAGGACGCAGUGAUGUGCCUGUCAGAGCGACAGUCCGGGAUAGGCUGAAGAGUACGAAUACAGUGCAACUGGGGCCAAGAGUGACCCGUCCCACUGUGCAGUCCAUUCCUUCUUUAAUAUCCGGCCUCUCUGCAAAGAACCUCAGCAUCGGGCCAAUUUUAACCCAACCGACUGCCUCCAGGCCCAGGACUGACACAGCCGGUCUAGUGUUCAGCAGGGCCUUUGCUAAGGGGGACACUGCUACAAAAGGCUUGACUCCACCUCAGCCCACUGCUGUUGCAGAGCCUGCAGGUAACAAGGCAGGGUCAAAGUAUGAUGAUGAUGAUCCACAGGGCUUAGGAUCAGGUAGUUCUCCAACAACAAUGCUUGUGACGGAGGAAACUCCUGUUCCAACGGUUGGGGAUGAAAUGUCGCAGUAUCGGCCUCAGGCACAGACAGUGAUAUCUAAAACUCCUGACGAAAAGACACCACCACCUGAGAGUCAGACUGUGAAGCCUCCGGUCUUUGUGCUCACAACGGCCAGUAAAACCACAACAUCACCACAGACACCAGAGACGAGAGCAACACUGUCCCCUGUGGUGACGAAAGCAACACCUCAGACUGUAGUUUUAACAGCCACCGGCUUCAGAGCUGCCAGUCACUGCCCGAAGCCAGAAGAGUUCGCCUUCAAACACCACAACACCACAAGUGACGACCACAUCUACAGCUACUGUGCUUACUACAACAGUGGCAGCUGUGAGAGCGUCCUCGAAAGCAUCAAAUCCAACCAACGAAAAUCUUCCUUCCUCACCACCGGUGUAGUCCCAGUCACCCGGAUCAGGCUUUUCCCCACCUACCAGAGUGGUGUUGUUCAGAGGAACCGCUCCAUUCUCCUGGGACAUCCUCACCAAGCUCCCCACGCUACAUAUAACCCAGUCCCCUCUCCCAGCGCCGGUCCCUCUAAUGAAACAUUUCUGUACUGGGGUGACCUGAGCCGGACGCUGGCCUUCGCCUGGGAGCUUCACGUCUACGGCUCAGCAAGUCUCUUCCUCCUCCUGUUUGCUGGAGCUGCUCUCGGCCUCACCCUGUCCCCUGCCACAAACUGUCCACAUCGGGGUGCUGUUGCACUCGCCAACGCUCUGCUGUUUCUAGCCGGAGGCCUUAGGGCAGCUCUCUUUCUAAUUGACCCCUAUGGCACACGGAAGUUGCUGCCCCGCCCUGCAGUUAUGGUGCUCUACAACUUGCCUCUACACCUGCUGGUGUGGACGCAUGCUGCCGUGGCACUGUUGGCCAUACGGGUGGCAGGGGUGAGUGUGUUACCUCCCACCAUGGAGCGCCCUCCGCUGGUGGCUGUGUUGGCUGUGUUGCAGUGCACCCUGCUGCUGGCAGCCGACCUGCUCUCCCCAGCCCUGUCCCCUGUGGUGCCCGUCACCCUGCAGGUCCUGUCCCUGUGCUGGGGCCUGGCUCUCUGCCUGGGUUUUCUCUGCUACGUCUUUCCACGUAUACGCUGCCCACCGCUUCCCGAGCCUGGAGUCCCUGAACAGGGCACGAGGAAGGCUUGGACAGGGAGCAGGAGGAUAGGCGUGGUCCUGGGGAGGGUCCUGGCAGUGUGUGCGGUCGUGGGGGCCUUGUGCUGUGGCCUGCAUGUUUAUGCCACCUUAUGGCUCUAUGGGCUUCUAGGGGACUGGACACACUUCAACUGGGGAUGGUGGCUGGUUCACUUCUGGGCCCGGCUGUUGGAGCUCUCCUGGGGGUUCUCGCUCCUUCUCCUGAGUUCUUGGCUGUUCUGGAGGCCCCAAAGUUACCAGGGAAGGGAGGAGGGUGGAGCAGACGGCAGAGCAGCUGGAGACGUGCCAUCCCCUGGCCAGUCUGUAGGGUCCACUCAAAGACAUACCUGCUGGUCCAAGAUAGUGCAGAGCCUGAAAGUGAAGCCGUGCAGAAAAUCUGACAGCAAUGGGGUAGGAGGAGGUGGAGUGGGAGGGGGAGGAGGAGGAGGACCAGGAGGACCAGGGGAGAUGCCUAACAACUGGGCUGGUCAGGAACGUCCUGGAGCUGACAUCAGUAAAAGUCUGAUCAGGAACCAGAACCACGAGCAGGUCACUGCCGUGCCGCGCUAUGUCAAAGACAACAACAGGGGGCGCAACCACCGGGGCCACUCUGCAGAGCGGGGCGUGUCUGACGGCUCCACCGGCUCCCUGCUGAGGCUGCAGGCGCUGGGACGUCCUCCUCAACGCUCAGUGAGUGGCAGCCUGGAUCAGGAUAAGGACACUUCCCUCUCUCUCUGUGACUUUGAUCUACGCCCCCCCUCUCCCAUCAACCUGACCCGCAGUAUUGAUGAGGCUCUGCACAGGGGGCACCUACUGGAAGGAGGCAGCCUAUUUUAUCCUUACAACCAAAACUCACAGUCUCCCUCCCCGGGCUCAGGGGGCAGCCAGGGACCCUGGCUCCGCAGGAACAGUGAUCCUCAGAUGCUGUCUGAGAGCAGCGAGGCCGCGACAGAGUCGUCCAUGCCACUAGGUGGCAGCAUACUCAGCAGUGUACCAAGUAGACAGGUGACUGCUCCACCCACACCUUCCCAUCAGGGUAACAGGUGGGCUGGGAACGGGGUGUCAAGUGUCCCCUCAUCAGUGUCCUGCCCUGUGUCGCUUCGUCCCACCAGAAUAUCUACUGGGCAUCUGGGGGACGACGGAGUGGAUGACACGCGACCGUUCAUCACUCCGGACUCAGAGAGGGUGCGGGGGAGGGCUGGGAGGCCGGCGGGGUCACGGAGUUACCUGGAGGUCAGUCGACAUGACGACUCUGCCAGUGUGAACAGCGAAAUCAUUGACUUAUGA